GGUGAGUCUCGAAUUGAGUCAUCUCGCUCCAUUCACCUACAAUCAUUGUCCUGCAGACAAGAGACCAAGCUCGUUGCCACGAUUGCGAUGAUCACAUGGGCAUCUACAGCAUCCCUAGCGUGUAGCAUCGCAGGAGACGCCAUCAUCACGGGCGCCAUGUGCUAUUACCUACACUUGUCGCGAUCUGGUAUCAAGAGCAUCUGUGCAAUCUGUACCAUUAUCUUGUCCGAAGUCGUCUCCAACACGUACUGGGACACUAUGUUUUACUUCCUCAUCAGCAAGUGCUACGUGAACUCCACGCUAGCAACGCUGAAUGCGCGCGAGAAGCUGCGCGGCACAACCCAAUACGCCAUCUCGGACAGAACGGUCCCGCUCAAUGCGGUAGGUCGGGGCAGCUCGACGCCGUCAAGGGACCCGAAAGCCUUGGUACGGUCGUCAUUGUCUGCGCUGACAACCGUUAUACUGAUGUCGGUCUUUCCUUUCACGACGUAGUAUUAUAGCCAGGGAACCGACAUCUCGUUCGCGACGAAUCCCGGAGCCUUCAAGACUGAUAUGUCCGAGGUGCGGAUCGUUAAUUAUGGGCGUAGUGUGCCGCCUAUCGUCAAGCGACUGAUAUAUCUCCCUUCUUCAGGUUACCACCGGAUCGGUGGACGUAUAAUCUCGAUCCUCCUCGAUUUUUGCAUUGCCAACCACCUGCAACUUGUGUACUGUACAUAUUAUUAUUCGAUUCCUUUCGGACAGUGCC